UCGUCAUCAGUUCAUUUCUUUCUUUCUCCAUCAUUACGGUCUGCAGGAUCGACCUUCUUCAUCUGGUUCCCGAAUCGAGGAGGAGGGUGGCGUUUCCGCCGUGGAUCUCGUGCGAAAACCCGUGGAUCUGAGGUGCCGGCGACCGGAUCCGCCCGGGGGGAGCGCGUAUUGGCGGCGGCCAUGGCAUUGACCGGGAUGCGAGGGCUCUCCGUCUUCAUCAGCGAUGUCCGGAAUUGCCAGAACAAGGAGCAGGAGCGUCUCCGGGUCGACAAGGAGCUGGGCAACAUCCGGACCCGGUUCAAGAACGAGAAGGCUUUGACACAUUAUAAGAAAAAGAAAUAUGUGUGGAAAAUGCUCUACAUUUAUAUGCUAGGCUAUGAUGUUGAUUUUGGACACAUGGAAGCUGUUUCUUUAAUAUCUGCUCCAAAGUAUCCAGAAAAGCAGGUUGGAUACAUAGUGACAUCUUGCUUGCUUACUGAGAACCAUGAGUUCCUAAGAAUGGUCAUAAAUACAGUGCGAAAUGACAUAAUUGGUCGAAAUGAAACCUUUCAGUGUUUGGCACUGACGAUGGUAGGAAAUAUUGGUGGGAAGGAGUUUUCUGAAUCUCUGGCAACUGAUGUCCAAAAGCUGCUGGUUUCAAGCAGCUGCAGACCUCUAGUCAGGAAAAAGGCUGCACUAUGCCUUCUACGUCUUUAUAGGAAGAACCCUGAUGUUGUUAAUAUUGAUGGCUGGUCUGAUCGAAUGUCACAGCUUCUGGAUGAACGUGACUUGGGAGUAUUGACAUCUGUUAUGAGCCUUUUUGUUGCUUUAGUCUCAAAUAACAUUGAAGCUUAUUGGAAUUGUCUUCCAAAGUGUGUUAAAAUACUGGAGCGGUUGGGUAGAAACCAAGAUGUUCCACAAGAAUACACCUAUCAUGGAAUCCCAUCUCCAUGGAUUCAGGUUAAGACAAUGAGGGCUCUUCAGUAUUUUCCAACCAUUGAGGACCCAAAUACCAGAAGAGCUUUGUUUGAAGUUCUUCAACGUAUUCUAAUGGGCACUGAUGUUGUAAAAAAUGUCAACAAAAACAAUGCAGCACAUGCCAUUCUUUUUGAAGCCUUAGCUCUUGUUGUGCAUCUUGAUGCUGAAAAGGAGAUGAUGUCUCAGUGUGUGGCUUUGCUUGGAAAAUUUGUUGCUGUUCGUGAACCAAACAUUCGAUAUCUUGGUCUGGAGAACAUGACGAGGAUGCUGUUGGUCUCAGAUGUGCAGGAUAUUAUCAAAAGCCAUCAAGCACAAAUAAUUAUUUCACUGAAAGAUCCUGAUAUCAGUAUUAGAAGACGUGCUCUUGAUCUACUAUAUGGUAUGUGCGAUGUAACAAAUGCUAAGGAUAUAGUUGAAGAGUUAUUGCAGUAUCUUAACACAGCAGAUUUUGCUAUGCGAGAAGAACUGGCACUCAAGGCUGCAAUUCUAGCAGAGAAAUUUGCUCCAGAUCUAUCAUGGUAUGUUGAUGUUAUUCUUCAGUUGAUUGAUAAAGCAGGAGACUUUGUUAGUGAUGAUAUAUGGUAUCGUGUGGUUCAGUUUGUCACCAACAAUGAGGACCUACAGCCCUAUGCAGCAACAAAAGCAAGAGAGUAUCUUGAGAAGCCAGUUUUGCACGAGACAAUGGUCAAGGUUAGUGCUUAUCUUCUUGGAGAGUACAACCACCUUUUGGCUCGAAGAACUGGCUGUACUCCAAAGGAAAUCUUCAUUAUUAUUAAUGAGAAGCUUCCGACAGUAACGACAAGUACUGUUGCCAUUCUUCUUUCGACAUAUGCCAAAAUCCUGAUGCACAACCAUCCUCCUGACCCAGAACUACAAGAACAAAUUUGGUCAAUAUUCAGAAAAUAUGAGAGUUAUAUUGAUGUUGAAAUCCAGCAAAGAGCUGUUGAAUAUAUUGCACUUUGUAAUAAGGGGGCAGCUUUGGUGGAUGUAUUGGCUGAAAUGCCCAAGUUUCCAGAACGCCAGUCUGCUUUGCUAAAAAAGGCUGAGGUUGCUGAAGUCGACACUGCAGAGCAAAGUGCAAUUAGAAUAAGAAGUCAACAACAGACAUCAAAUGCUCUGGUUGUAACUGAUCAACGCCCUACUGAAGGAUCCCUGCCAGUCAGCCAGCUUGGCGUUGUUAGGAUGCCAAGUGGAAAGAUGGAAGCUAGUACUCAGGAUCAAACCAGUUUUCAAGACCAAGGAAUGACCAAGGAGAAUGGGGUUAUCACUGAAGUUGUUCCUCAAGAUGUCCCACCGGCAGAUCUCCUUGGAGAUCUUUUGGGUCCUCUUGCAAUAAAUGGUUCUCCAGCCACUGCUGUUCCAGUAGAGCAAAGGAACCAAAAUCUAUUGUCAGUAGUGGAGGCAACUCCCGAAGCAGCUGGAUCCUUGGCACUAACCACUGUUGACAAUCAGCCAAACUCAAUUCAGCCAAUUGUGAACAUUGCUGAAAGGUUCAAUGAACUGUGCUUGAAAGACAGCGGAGUACUGUACGAGGACCCGCACAUACAGAUCGGAAUAAAAGCGGAGUGGCAAGCUCAUCAUGGGCAUAUUGUACUUUUCUUGGGAAACAAAAACACUUCACCUCUUGUGUCAGUGCAAGCUCUGAUUUUGCCCCCAACCCAUUUAAAGAUGGAACUUUCCUUGGUACCUGAGACUGUCCCUCCACGAGCUCAGGUGCAAUGCCCACUUGAAUUUGUGAACCUUCGAGCAAGCAGAGAUGUUGCUGUCCUUGAUUUCUCUUAUAAAUUUGGAACUGCAAUGGUUUAUGUCAAACUACGACUUCCGGCUGUGAUAAACAAAUUUUUGCAACCUAUUUCAGUCACUGCUGAAGAAUUUUUUGCCCAGUGGAAAUCAUUGUCAGGACCACCUUUGAAACUUCAAGAAGUGCUUAGAGGUGUAAAACCUUUAUCUCUUCCUGAAAUGGCAAACUUGUUUACCAGCCUUCAUUUGGCAGUCAACCCUGGAAUUGAUACAAAUCCAAAUAAUCUGAUCGCCUGCACUACCUUCUAUUCAGAGAGCACCAGGGCCAUGCUUUGCUUGAUUAGAGUUGAAACAGAUCCAUCAGACAGAACCCAGCUUCGGAUAACUAUAGCAUCAGGGGAUCCAACAUUAACGUUUGAGUUAAAGGAGCGUAUCAAGGAAUAUUUGGUCAACAUCCCCACCCAAACACCAUCUGCAGUUGUGGCACCAUCACAACCACAAUCACCGGUUACACCUGUAGCAUAUAAUGAUCCUGGUGCUAUGCUUGCAGGAUUACUAUGAGAUCUUAAGCUGUACCAUCUGUUUUUCUUUUUCUUUUUUUAAUUUAUUGUUGUUCAUUUAGAAUAGAAUUUUUUUAGCCCCAGCAAAUCUUUAUGUAUAGAGAACAAUGGAGGGCCGUUAAGCGUAUGGGCUGGCAGAACAAAGGUGAACUCAUUGUGUUUGGUAUAAAAGCAUCCAAUGUCAAAUUCCUUGGGGCUCCUGCUUUAGGUCCCUUAGUUGAGGUAUUGCCAUAAUAUUUUUCCUUUUGUUGUAGAAAGGGGGGAUUUUAUUUUACUUUAUUUUGGUUAUAAACCUUUUGGUCUGGGGUCAAAUUGUCGGUCUGCAACUCCGCUGGAUCAUUGGAUUCAGUGGCUGGAACUAAUCCAGUUGUAAAGUUUUGUUGUGACUUACAUCUCAUCUUGUACCAGACAGAAUCAGGGUAGGGCAAAACAUAAUAAUUAUUGGUUUUUCUAGCAGUAACUUGUAGCAAUACUAUUGUUUUUUUUGUUUUUUGGCUCA